GACAUUUGAUCGAAAUUGGAUUGGCCUGAAUCUGAAAUUUUAUGAUCGUUUCUCCGUUUUUUUUUAUUUUUAUAAAUUAAACAUGUACAAGUAUUAAAAGAUAAAAUUUCAAUAACAUUCAUACUCGUUCAGAAUGGAAGAAACAAAAAAAGGAUCUCCCUCCAUAAGUGUCGAAGAACUGAGAGUAAAGGGUAACGACUGUGUCAAAGAUGGAAAAUUCAUUGAGGCGGUAUUACAUUAUACACAAGCGCUUAAAAUGGAUCCGAACAACUAUGUUUUAUACAGCAAUAGGUCGUUCGCAUUCUUGAAGUUAGACCAACAUUACUUAUCACUUCAGGACGCAAAUGAAACUGUUAGAUUACAACCACAAUGGGCAAAGGGCUAUUUUCGCCGGGCUGAAGUAGAAGCGGCUAGCGGGUUAUACGAUGAAGCUAUCAUUUCUUACACAAGAGCAUUACAGCUAGAGCCACAUAAUGUUAAGCUAAUGGAGUCUAUCAAAACAAUCACAGACGAACAGAAGAAAAAAAUUAAAGGUCAUCAGAACACUAUCUGGAUCUGCACCUGUGUUGGGUUAAUAGUGGGUAUAGGUGUAGUGUUAUUAGAUUACACCUUGACUACAAGCCCUACAUUGAAUCAUCCUGUUAGCAUGGUGGCAUUUGCAAUGGCACUCGCGGGCCUGGGAUGGGCUAUAGGAAAAACUUCAACAUUAAUGAGUGCAUGGAGUGCAGGGAAAACCCUCCAACCACCAGAAGAUUUAGCUACAAAUGAAACAUCUGAACAAGAAACUGCUGCACCAGAGAAAAAAGCAAAAUAUAGUAAAGCACAAGCAAGACAGAGGUAUAAGCAAGGAAAGCUUUAGUUACAUAUAAACAUUAGGUGGUACAAAUGGUAAUUCAAAUAAUUGCCUAAUAAACAUAGGUAAUGUGUUUAUAAUUUAUCAGGCAAUAAUAUAGUCUAAUUUCAAUGAAUCCCAUUAAAAAAAUAUGGGUGUGUUAGUAAUUAAAAGGAAGAAUUGAUAUAAUGUUUAUUAUUAAUGAGUGAGGUGUUGAAAACAGUUGUUUGUUUGUGAAACAUUGUUGUAAAUGUAAAUAAUUUAAUUUCAAAUAAUCUUUUGAGUCAUUUGUUGUUAUUUGUAUCAUACUAGCUGUGCCCUGCGUUUUCACACAUUGUGUGAUUCAAAUAUCAAGUCUUAGGUAGUUCCAGGAUCCGUAGAACAUUUUUUACAACUGAAUACUAUCAAGUUAAUUUUUCGUGAGUAUUUUCAUCUCGAUGAGACGAUCAACUUUUUUAUUUACGAAAGUUUUUGAUUCUGGUAGCUAGCUAAGUUACCAGGAAAUAAAAAAAAUGAGCGUCGGAACGAGAUAAUGUACCAUGCAAUUUGUAGGACAUUGUGGCUGUUAUGUUGUAUUAUUUCGUUCCGACGUUCAGAAAUUUUUAUUUCCUUUUAUUUUUUUUUAUUAACUCGGUUACCUACCAGAAUCAAGAAUUUUCGUAAUUUAAAAAUUUGAUCGUCUCAUUGAGAUGAAGCAACUCACAAAAAAUUAACUUGAUAGAAAAUGUUCUACAGAUCCCUGACUAUUAUUGCUUUUAAACAAAUUAUUCAGCUUCAUUGUAUUCAGUACAGAUUUUUGAGAUUGGACUGUAUUUAAACUAAAUAGUUUUAAGGUGGUUUUUUAGAUUGGGUAAAAAAAUGUGGGGAUUAGUGGAGUAUUUUUAAAUAUUUGACUUAUACAUUUUAUUCCAUUGUACAGGUAAUUUGGUACUUAGCUCUAAGACUACUUGUUGAUAUUGAAAAGACAUGUCCGAAACGUAAUUGUAUUGAAGUGCAUUCAGGCAAUAAAGUUUGAAAUUAUUUUAA